AUGGUGUUCUUAACGAAGCUACAUUGGAACACAUGUAAACCGCGAUGCGGUGUCAAAGAUAUAUUACAUGACUUGGACGAUUCUCCGAGGAAAUGGGCGAAGACGCAUCUCACUUGGAACUUUCAUCUGGCGAGCGAGAGCGUUCUACUAGUCACCGAAGUCGCGUUCGAAAUGUGGGCUGCGAAUUCAUCGCUGACGUUCGAGCGCAAUUCAACGAAUUCCGAUAUCGUGAUAUCGUUUCGGAAAGGUUUUCACACGUUUGUAGAUCCUCGGCAUCAAGGUAGCCGAAUAUGUCCGUCGUUGUUGGACGGACCGGGAAACGUGUUAGCUCACGCUUUUUUACCAUCGUCAGAAGUGUCAGAGGUGCACGCGGAGAAGUGGCACAUCGAGUUAACUGUUAAUCCUGACGAUACGAUUCAUCUGUUGCAUACGUUGACGCACGAGAUCGGUCACGCAUUAGGAUUACAUCACAGUCCUUUAAAAGAUGCGAUAAUGUACGCUUUUGUUCCCUCUAAGAUCUUUCCCAUGCGAUUGAGCGAGGCGGAUGUUCUCGCCAUUCAGAAUUUAUACGGUUUAAGAAAUAAGAGCGAAAUUGCGGGACCAAUUACGACGACCGUAGCGACGACCACGAUUGCGACGCGCGAUACGGGGAAUUCCGCGGAUCUGUGCGCGUUGCGACGCGUCGAUGCGGUGUUGAUAUUAGAAAAUAGAAUAUAUGUGACGUAUCGACAUUACUUAUGGUCGGUCGAUCUAAACGGAAAAUCUUACGGUAGGUCGUUGUUACUGACGGACUAUCUGCGUUUUCUUCCCGAUAAUUUUACGCGUUUGGCGGGUGCGUAUCGACGACCUUCGGGCCAACUCGUAUUGUUUGUUGACAAUACGGUUUAUAUGAUAGAAUAUCCGAGUUUUGAGUUAGUACCGGGUUGGCCGAGGAAAUUGAAAGAUAUGAAUCUUCCUCCUAAUGCGAAAAUUAAUGCUGUGAUUAAUACUAACGCGGGACGAACGUUCGCGAUCUACAACGACGAGAUCGUGGCCGAGAUCGACGAUUGCUCGAUGAUAGCCGUCAGGCAUAAUUCGUUGCACGCGAUAUUUCCUGGGAUUCCACCUGCUGUAACGUUCGCCGUUCGAUACAUCGACGGUAAUCUGUACUUUUUUGUUAAACGACAGUUCUUUAAAUAUAACGAAUUUACUAGAAGUGUAACUAUGGCCGCCCCGUUGGAUAUUGGAAAUAUGACCGUGCGUUUUGGAAAAAUCAACAACUUGACGAUAUUACGCCUGGAAACAUCCGUGGCUUGCCUGGCCAUGUCGAGGGAAACAGUGAAAAAUAUGUUCGAGCUCGAGCAUUGCAUCAGUCGACUCGUUAUCUCGUUGACCAAGAUAUUAGGAAAAAUUAAUGCGAAAUUAGCACGUUUCAAGGAUAUUGCGUUAACCGCUAAGGAUAAGGAAAAUAUCUCGAAAGUUAUACGCGAUAGCGAUGCUUACGAUCGUAACGACAUUAUCGAUUGCGAACUUGUUGCUCUGUACUUUGGGAUGUAA